AUGGAGCAAGCAAAUACCAGAAGUUUUCUCAGCUGUCUAUGUUUCAUUUUCUUUUUCAUCAACUCUCUUGAAUUGAUCACCACUGCCAAGGGCAACCCGAGUCUCGUUCUCACCAACGAGAUAGACCAUCAGGCACUGCUUGCAAUCAAGGAUUUGAUACAAGGAGAUCCUCUGGGUGCCUUAAGCUCAUGGAAUCAUUCAAUUCACUUUUGUAAUUGGCAAGGAGUCUCAUGCGGUCGUCGACAUCAACGUGCGACAGUCCUAAACCUGUCAUCUCUCUCAUUGGUGGGCUCUGUGUCUCCUCACAUUGGGAACCUCACCUUCCUUAGGAGGAUUGAUCUCGGUAACAAUAGUUUUCAUGGCGAAAUCCCACCGGAAAUUGGCAAGUUGUUUCGCCUGCAGUAUCUUCUGCUUUUGAAUAACUCUUUCCAAGGUGAAUUUCCUACCAAUUUGGCUCAUUGUUCGAACUUGAGAGUUAUCCAUAUGGGUGGUAACAAUCUAGUAGGUAAAAUUCCUACAGAGCUGGGUUCCUUGUCCAAUCUCUCCUACUUGAUUCUUGCAGCCAAUCAUCUUACUGGAGCUAUCCCACUUUCAAUUGGGAACCUUUCCAAUCUACAUAGGCUUUCUCUACCGUACAAUAAUCUAGCGGGAAGCAUUCCCACCCAACUUGGGCAGCUUUUGAAGUUGGAGUAUCUUCAGCUAUCAGUAAACAAUUUAUCCGGUAUGGUUCCCACGUCUCUUUACAAUAUCUCAUCAAUCUAUUUCUUCUCCAUCGCUGACAACCAAUUGCAUGGAAUUCUACCGCCAGAUUUAGGCUCGACCCUUCCAAAUUUACUAGUAUUUUUUGUUACAUUAAAUCAAUUCUAUGCCCAAAUUCCAUCGUCACUAGCCAAUGCUAAAAGACUUAGGCACGUUAGUUUUGCCAUGAAUUUGUUUAUUGGUCCCAUGCCUAUGAAUCUGGGAACCCUUGAUGCUUUAGAAUUUCUAGCUGCUUCUGGCAAUUCACUUGGAACAAACCAAGCAAAUGAAUUAAUGAGAUUCCUCACUUCUUUAUCCAAUUGUUCCAAUCUACAAGCUCUGGAUUUGGCUAUUAAUGAUUUUAAAGGUUUUUUGCCCCAUUCUAUUGCAAAUCUCUCCACCAAGAUCACUUGGUUCAAUCUACAAGACAACUAUAUAUCUGGAAGCAUACCUCUUGGCAUUGGGAACCUUGUAAAUUUGCAAUUCCUCUUACUCAGUUAUAACAUGCUUACUGGUAGUAUUCCAAAUUCCAUUGGAAAACUCUCCAUGUUGGAAAUCCUCGUGCUUGACAAUAAUAUCAUCUCUGGAGAGAUUCCAUCGUCUAUUAGAAACCCGAGUAGGCUUGGUACACUUGACCUAUCAACAAAUACGAUUGAGGGAAGCAUUCCUAUUUGUUUAGGCAACUGUACCAAUCUACAACAAAUUCAUCUUGAUCACAAUCAUCUCACGGGAGCAAUACCUUAUCAAAUCUUUGGUCUGUCUUCCCUCAUUAAUCUAUCCUUAAGUCAAAAUUACUUAACAGGACUACUACCACAAGAAGUGGGUAACUUGAAAAAUCUGGGUGGACUAUAUGUUUCAAAAAAUAAACUAUUUGGAGAAAUCCCAGCUACUCUUGGCAAUUGUGAAGUUUUAGAAUUCCUCUACAUCGAUGGUAACCUUUUCAAAGGUACAAUUCCGACGGCCUUCAGACAAUUGAAAGGUAUUCAAGAACUAGAUGUUUCUUGGAACAACUUGUCUGGACAGAUUCCAAGGUUUCUCAGGGAGUUUCGGUUCUUUCAAUAUCUCAAUCUUUCCUAUAAUAUGUUUGAUGGUAAAGUUCCAAAUGGAGGAGUUUUCACAAACAUUAGUGCCUUCUCAGUUGUUGGAAAUAGUAAGCUAUGCGGAGGAAUUAAACUAUUGCAAUUGCCUGCAUGCCCAAUGCAAGUCUUAAAUGAACAGAAACGACCUUUCAACCAUAGAGUAAUAGUUCUAAUAGUUACUCUCACUAUUGUUCUAUUAUCAUUGUGCAUUUUAGCUUUUAUUUACCGAAGCAAAAGGUCAAGACAGCAAAUCAAAUUAGCCUUGCCUUUGCAAAACCAAUAUUUGCAAAUAUCUUAUGGAGAACUUUUUCAAGCAACAAAUGGGUUCUCUCCAUCCAACUUAAUUAGUGAGGGAAGAUAUGGUUCUGUUUAUAAAGGGAUUCUCAACUCCGAUGAACAAAUUGUUGCUGUGAAGCUUGCUCAGGCAUUGAUUUUAACGGCAACGACUUCAAGGCUUUGGUCUUCGAGUUCAUGGAAAGUGGGAGCUUAG